AUGGGGAGAAUUCUUUUAAAGGCCAAAGACAGGUUAUAUAGUUGUGCCGCAGUGGCAAGGAAAUUAAGAGCAAUGCUCCAAUACGAAGAGGAUAACGUGCUUGCUGUAAAAAGGCGAAGCACGUUCUUAAUCCAGCUUGCUGCAAAGACUGUUCCAAAACCCUUGCAUUGUCUUUCUCUGCUGCUCACUACGGAUUACUUCUCGCAUGGUUACACUGGCAAGGAAAUGCUGAACAGUGACAGACUUGAGGAUCGCAGCCUCUACCAUUAUGCCAUUUUCUCUGAUAACGUUCUAGCUACGUCAGUUGUCGUUAAUUCUACUGCAUCACAUGCCAAGGACCCGGAGAAACAUGUGUUUCAUAUCGUCACUGACGGGCUGAAUUUUGCAGCCAUGAAGAUGUGGUUCCUUGUGAAUUCACCCCCUGAUGUGACGAUUCAUGUCGAGAAUAUUGAUGACUUCAAGUGGCUGAAUUCUUCUUACUGUUCGGUUUUGCGGCAACUUGAAUCCUCGAGGAUAAAGGAAUACUACUUCAAGUCGGAUCAUCCAUCGUCUCUCUCUGAUGGUCAUGAAAAUCUCAAAUAUAGGAACCCCAAAUAUCUGUCUAUGUUGAACCAUCUCAGAUUCUACAUGCCGGAGGUAUAUCCGAAACUGGAUAAGAUACUGUUUCUGGAUGACGAUGUCGUCGUCCAAAAGGAUUUGACACCUCUCUGGUCCGUCGACAUGAAAGGCAUGGUGAAUGGUGCCGUGGAGACGUGUAAAGAGAGUUUUCAUCGAUUUGAUACUUACCUGAACUUCUCUAAUCCACUGAUUUCCAAGAACUUUGAUCCACGGGCAUGCGGCUGGGCAUUUGGAAUGAAUAUGUUCGAUUUAGAGGCGUGGAAGAAGCACAACAUUACUGGAAUCUAUCACUACUGGCAAGAUCAGGUGACUAUAUUACGAACACACACAUUCGUUCUUUCCUAUGGCUCGCUUCAAAUCGUUCAUUCAAUGUCGAAUAGCAUGUUUCAGUAGGAUGUGAUACCCUGGUGCCCCUGGUGCUCAGAUCAGAUGAAGAUAGCCACGUUCGGUACACACAGACACGCAGACACAGACAAAAACACACACACACACACACACACACACACACACACACACACACACAAAUGGGGGUGGUUUUUCAGUGAGACAGACUAAAUGGGAAGAAUUGAAGUUGAAGCUUUGAUAUUUCUGCGAUCUUCAUAUUCUUGUAAUGAGCAAGACGAAAUAUUGUUUUUACUUCUUUCUGCAUUCUGGAACAAUCAUAUCAUUUAUUCCCUAUGCUGAGUCCAAGGAAAUCUGGCAGCUUCACUCAACGGGAACCAAUUCUGGUCUUUUGUGGGUCUUCCCUGGCCGACGGUCGCUGUUCUUGUCAGUGUCUUGGAACCAUUUUGACCUCAGGAUCACCCAAAUUUCUGGAACCAGGGUUCAGAUAGGAGUCGAAUAAUUGGUGCAUCAAAGUUAGAGUGAAAAUCCCCGGCUAAUGCUCUCUCUUUUUCUUUCUCUAGAACGAGGAUCGGACGCUGUGGAAGCUAGGAUCCUUGCCUCCGGGGCUGAUUACGUUUUACAACCUGACGUACCCUCUGGACCGUCGUUGGCAUGUUCUGGGGCUUGGCUACGACUCCGGCGUCGAAGUCAAAGAGGUUGACGGCGCUGCGGUCGUUCAUUACAACGGCAACUACAAGCCCUGGUUGGACCUGGGGAUAGUCAGGUUCAGGAAGUACUGGUCCAAGUUCGUCAAGUUCGAUAACCCAUACCUCCGCGCCUGUCGCGCCGUCUUCGACUGA